CACAAUCGAAUCUGGCAAAGGUUCGUCUUCUAUUCUUCACACGCAAACGAGAAUCGUCUAGAUCUGCCUUCAUCACUUUGAACCUCUCUGAUUUGUCCUCGUGUACAUCCGUCUGAGUGUGAAUGGGUUUCACGAGUUUGGGGAAUUCACGAGGACGUGAUUCGUUCCUGCCACUUCUUCCCUCUAAUUUUCAACUUUAGUCAUCCAGUUUUAACACCCAAUCAUUCAAGGUGUCCCCAACGGCUCAACUGGAUAAUCAGUGACGGACGAUGGGAAAUUUCAAAGCGGCGGCCUUGCUGGCUGUGGCGGCCAUCCUCGGCGUCUCUUCAUUUGCUUCCCAACACCACGGACCUAGUCCCGAUUUACCCGAUUUCCGGCAACCCAACGAUAGCGUUUUGGAAGAGUCGAUGGUCAGGUUCAACCACAACGUCGCCCGCAAUUUUUCUUCGCUGGUGUUUGACGUGACGCGAGGGCAACUUAUCGUGGCCGCAAGGGACUAUCUAUUUCGCUUGAGCUUGGACGGAUUGGCUCUCUUGGAAGAAUCACGCUGGCCAGCCGAUGACAAAGCGGUCGACGACUGCCAAAAAAACGACCAACGGGAAGACGACUGUCACAACUUCAUCCGCGUUCUGCACGUCCACGGUGAUCGACUUCUGGCGUGCGGGACCAACGCCUUCACUCCUCGCUGCUCCUGGCGUCCGCUCAAGGCCAUCAGCAACAUCUCGGAAUGUUUUCCGUGCCUUGCCAGAUGUCCGCAUAGCCCUCACAGUCACAUGAGCAGUUUCCUGUCGAGCAGACCGGCUGAUGGCACUGCUGAUUUGUUUAUCGGUUCGCCGACAGACUUGUCCAGCCAGGAGGUGGCCAUCUUCCGGCUGCCUUUGAAUUCGUCCGUUUCCAGCACAUCGGCUGACAGUUUCAUUGCCGGCCCGCAGCUCGGGCAUUUGAGGACGUUGCCAAGCAAGGUCAACUGGCUGGACGCUGCCGAAUUUGUGGCGUCGGUAGAAGUGGACCAGUUUGUCUUUUUCUUUUUCCGAGAGGUGGCCGUCGAGGUCAGCAACUGCGGCAAGGCCGUUUACUCCCGUGUGGCCCGGGUCUGCAAGAACGACAUGGGCGGUGGCCAGCAGCAGAGGCUCAAAGACAGUACGUGGACGACCUUUGUCAAAGCCCGGCUCAAUUGCUCAGUGCCGGCUGAUUAUCCGUUCUACUACGAUCACAUUCAGAGUGUCGCCUACGUGGAAGAGGAGCGGCUCUUUUACGCCGCCUUCACAACAGCCGAAAAUUCAAUUGCUGGAUCGGCCGUUUGCUCCUUCACCCUGGAUGCGAUACAAGAAUCGUUCGCCGGUCCGUUCAAAAUCCAGUCGAGUCCCAAUUCGACCUGGGAGAGUGUCAACUCGACUCACGUCCACUCGCAUUGCAAUUCUGAUGACACGAGCAGUUCCAGCAGUUCUAGCAGAUCCUUGGUGGAAGCUGGAAAGUAUCAGCUGAUGGAUCGAGCUGUCCAAUCUCGACCCAGAAAAUACGGACGUGGACCGCUGAUCCAGCUCGAUUCGGUACGAUUCAACCACAUCGCCGUCGACGUGGUCGCCACUAAAAAUCAUUCGUCCAUUCACGUCCUCUACGUGGCAUCUCGAGACGGUUUCGUUCGCAAAUAUUCCGUCUUUCCCGGGACUCAGGAACGCUGUCUGGUCGAAAUUGUCGAUCCUUUUGCCCGGUUGAGCCAUCAACCGGCUGACCGCCAGAUCAAAACGAUGCAAUUCCUUAAAGUGCAGAACGCGCUGUACAUUGGAACGGAAAACGAGGUGAUCCGACUGGCCAGUCAACGAUGCAAGCGAUUCGCCAACAGGACGCAGUGUCUCGAUUUCGUGGAUCCUUACUGCGGAUGGCAGUCGCAACUGGGCGAGUGUUCGCCUCCACCCGACAAUAAUCCACACGCCUCCUGUUGGGAGCAGCAAACCCUCACCACCUGCCCCACAUCCAUCUCUCCAGAAGAAAAAGGCGUCAACGGCGAAUCUUCUACGAUUGUCGGAGGUGGAGGCGUUUGUGGCUGCAACGAGAGUUCCAUCAUCGCCAAACUGGCCGAGCAAGUCAAACAGGGAGCGCCGGGUCCGCCGGGCGUUGACGGCAAACCUGGCACGACGGGCAUUCCGGGAGCUCAAGGUCAGAUGGGACCGACUGGACCUGAAGGCCCAGCUGGAGAGAAAGGAGAACGCGGAGAUGUCGGCCCAGUUGGCAAAGAAGGUCCUUUUGGGCCGAAAGGUGAGCCCAGUCGUGAUGGAUCACGCGGUGAUCUAGGAAAACCUGGACAGCCUGGACCACCGGGUGUGUCCAGCGGACCACUGGUCCUCGAAGGAGCUCAAGGUCAGACGGGACCGACUGGACCUGAAGGCCCAGCUGGAGAGAAAGGAGAACGCGGCGAUUCCGGGCCGGUUGGCAAAGAAGGGCCUUCUGGACCCAAAGGCGAGCCCGGUCGAGAUGGACCGCCUGGUGAUCUAGGUAAACCUGGGCUACCAGGUACCAAAGGAGAUCGAGGAACCGACGGGGAAAUGGGUCCUACAGGCGACACUGGCGAGCCGGGAUUGCCAGGAACGAAAGGCGAAAUUGGCCCUGCGUGUCCAGUCGGUCCUUCGGUUAUUUCCAGUGUCGAAGGAGCCAAAGGAAAUCAAGGAGAUCGAGGCAAACGGGGCAAGCCAGGUCCUCCUGGACCUCCUGGACCUCCAAGCGAACCGUCCAAAUCAGGCAAAUUAACCGAAACAAAACUUAACAAACUAAACAAAUAAUAUUAACACUCUUUUCCUCUUGACCUGCCUUAAAU